CAAAUGGUCCAGAGAAAUUUGUGUAUAAAUGCACUGUGGUCCAACUCUGAAAAGAAUUUCCGGACUUUCUCUCAGAUGAAUAUCAUCAGCUCUGGAGUAACAUCCUGAAAGUGGAAGCACCGCAGACGAGAUCAGACCACAGACGAGAUCUGAGGCUUCCUCUGAAUCGCUUUGUGCCUGUUUGUGAUUCUUCACCCGUUUGUUCUGUGAUCACGGCUUUAAGAAGAUUUUACACUGAACGCUACAUUUUCUUUAUUUCUCUGAUAUUCCUCCUCUCACUACAGUCUGCUUUCAUUCCUUAAUUUCAUCAGAGUUCACACCACACUGCUCAGAAGGUCAGAAGGUCAGAAGUGUAAUUGCUGAUGUGAUGAAGUUUUCUGUAACAUUGGAGGAAGGAGUCUCCAGUGUCAGUGCUUUGUAAGUUAGACUUAAAAAAGAGUACUGCUCAUUUUCAAAAACAAAUAGAUGUGAUAUAUAAAACUAUAAAAUGAGAUAAAAGUGUGAACGUUUCAGAUUGUUGUCAGUAAUCUCUGAAGUGUGAGAGUUUCAGUGAGUAGGAGAGUGUGAGAAGAUGACAGUACUGCAGUUUGGUUUCCGGUGUUUUGUGUCGGUUUAUCAUCUCUCUAUCACGUGUUGUUGUGUUUCUCAAAACCCUCACGUGACGACGGCCUGCGUCUUUUCUUCUGAUUUGGAUUUUGGCUCUUAAAAAUCAGUAAAGCUCUAAUCUGUGAAAACAUUUUGAGUGUUAUGAUGAAUGAUAAAAAUGCUUCUGUUUAGAACAGGAAGUGGUUUAAAGAUGUUUGGGUGCAGGAAAUUGAGCUUCAUUAACAUCAUAGCUUCAGUGCAGAACUAAUGAAACAGAACUUCAAAACAGAGGAAGCCUGUCUGUGAGGUUGAGUUGUAGCAGGGGAGGAGUGAUGAACAACACAUGGCAGGAUAUAUGAGGCUGCAGUGACAAAAACAUCAGAAUCUCACAACAGGACGUCUUUAUUCACAUCCAUUCCCUGCAUCUUUGACUUGUCAUCAUGGUGGACGCUAAAAGAGUUACUGGAUUUUUGCAGAAACAAAUUGGAUAUUUUGGGAUCUUCAGUCUUAUUCUUGCUGCUUUCGAGCAGAUAAUGGAUGAAGAAUUUGUUUGUCCUUGUGAUCCUAUCGAUAAUAUAGCAGUAUGUGUUCUUUAUGGCACGAUCCCUUCCAUUGGUUGCUUUGUUUUGACUUUUUGUUUCAUGGACUGGUCCCCAGAGGCAGAGGACGGAAGGAGGAGAGAUAACUCCACGUGUGAUAAAGUUCUGUACUCCACUCUCGCAGCCGCCAUCUGGCUGUUUCUCUUCUUUGUCGAUGGCCGAUACCUGGCCUGUGCGCUUUCAGGUUGGAAAGGUGUGUACGCUAGAAAUGACACUUUGGGGAUUGAAAAAUGGUGCAAGCCGACAGGAAAUGAAACGUCAGUGUUUGAGAGUCAGCAGACGACCCUGCAGUGGAUCUCCAGAUCUCAGAUUAUAGGUUUCAUCAUCAUUUUAUUUGUUAUCUGUAUUCUGGGCUGCGUGAACAGCACUCGGAGAACUACGACACGAAGGAACUUCACGGAGAUGGAAGCCGAACACAGCAAGAUGAAACUGCACGGUCGACUCGGUGAGAGGAAAUUCAGCUUCGAAGUUGAGGAAGUCACAUGCUUGUAAAAAGCGACGUUCCUUUAUGAUUUCCUUCAAAUGAUAUAAUUGUUGUUGUUUUGUUUUUAAAUCGAUGUUAAUUAUGAUGUUAUUUUGAGUAAAUAAGCUACUGCAUUUGUAAUCCUGUUAUUUCUGUAUCACGUGAUUGUUAUUAAAAUAAUAAUUUCUUGUCAGAUUGUUAAUAAUUUAGCGCUGAUUACACUGUUAUGGUUUGAAGUGGCUUUUUCCUGCUGUACUAUAGCACCUUAAACUAAAUAAAAAUGUAAUUUUCUCUCUU